AUGCUUGUGUGUCGCCAGAUCAACAGCGAGUAUAUGGCCAUCAGUCAUCCAGCCAUGACACUGGGUGUGUGCUUCCAUGCUUUUGGCGUCGACGAUGUUCGUGAGAGAUUGAGUAAUAACGAAACUCAUCAUUCGAUUCCUCCUCAGAGAAUCAUGGCCCAGAUCACCCGUCUCGACAUCAGGAUCUGUACAGGACUUGGAUGGCCACACUGCGGUAUGCUCUGUUCCACAUGCAGCGUCAUUUCUCAUCUUCUGACUCUGGCGCACAGUGUAGACUAUUGCCCUGCUAUACAGAAUCUCUUUUCUCGCAUGACCAUGAUGACUCAUACUCUCUUCACAUGCAGAUUCUACAUCGAUCAACUAGACGAACCGGGACUGAACGACCCCGGGGAAUUUGAAAGAUAUGGUGCUUGGAUUGCAAGAACAACCGGGUUCUUCCCAACCAUGACAUGUGCAAGACGUUGCAAAUUCCGAUCGGAGUACCAAAUCCGUUGCGACCUAUACUGCCCAUGGUCCAACGACGCUAUGCAUAUAGCAGAAGAAGACAUCGAGUAUUCCACCAACGAACUGGUCUUGGGCGUUUGUUCGAAGCCGUCGGAAGAGACUUUCAAGCUCCAUAACCUCGAUAUGAUGUUUCUUGGCGAGGAGGAAAUUGUUGAUGGCGAUUAA